CACACUCAGUCAAUGGGAUUUAGACUGGAGUCCUCCCUCCCUCCUUCUCUACUCUAAUCGCAGUGUUGUGGUUUUCUCGCUGUGGCUGUGUGGUUGUUUUCUCCUCCCUCUCAGGAAACUCUCUGUCUCUCUCUCUCUUCGUGGUGUAUAUAAGUAAGCUGUGAGUAGGCUUUUCAGCAGACAGAGAAAAACUAUGCUAGUGUACUGUAGAUGUAGAGAGGUGUGUGUAGUGUAUCGUCAGCCGUAUGUGACUGAGGCAGCGGCGUGGGAUCUACAGGAUGAUUGACAGUUGCCUGUGCUGAGUCACGUAGCAGAAUGCCUGGUGUGCCCUGCGGGGCCUUGCAACACCACACUGUGCCCGUAGCCUGUGCCAUCAUCUGUUCCUGGCUGUUGAUCCUGGUACAUUCUGCCUUUUGCCAGAAACCUGCAAAGCUGCCUCUGGUGGGCCGCAAGCCUUUCCUGGCAGCCUGGAAUGCUCCGCUGGAUAUGUGUACGUUGAAGUACAAUAUCAACGUCAGCCUCGAUCUUUUCCACAUCAGCGGAAGUCCACGAGCCGUCCACACAGGCCAGAAUGUCACCAUCUUUUAUGCCAACCGCCUGGGUUACUACCCUUUCUACAAUGAGCAAGGGGUUCCCAUCAACGGAGGCCUACCUCAGAACAGCAGUCUUGAAGCACAUCUUCACAAAGCCCGAAAAGACAUAGCGCACUUCAUCCCUUCGGAAGACUUCAGUGGUCUGGCGGUGAUCGACUGGGAGUUCUGGAGGCCACAGUGGAAUCGUAACUGGCACAAGAAAGACAUUUACCGACAGCGUUCACGCGAGCUGAUUGCACAGGCCUACCUUAAUGUGACCGACGAACAGGUGGAGGAGCUGGCACGCUUGCGUUUCGAGAAGAGCGCCAUGGAGUUCAUGCAGGGCACGCUGCAGCUCGGUACACAAACUCGUCCACAUGGCCUGUGGGGUUUUUAUCUCUACCCUGACUGUCACAAUUACAAUGUACAUGCACACAACUACAGCGGCACAUGCCCCCUACUGGAGAGUUCUCGCAAUGACCAGCUGUUUUGGCUGUGGAACAGCAGCACUGCCCUUUUCCCAUCCCUCGCUAUACGCAAGAGCCACACAGACAGCGUUCGCAACCUGCACUUCUCGCAGAACAGGGUACUGGAGUCACUGCGACUGGCCUCCCUUACCUCAUUGCCCUAUGAACUGCCUACAUACGUAUACACACGCCUGGGGUAUAGAGACGAGGCCAUGGCUUUCCUGACUCAGAAGGACUUGAUACAUACGAUAGGAGAAAGCGCUGCUUUGGGAGCUGCGGGAUUUGUCAUUUGGGGGGAUCUUAACCUCACUUCUUCAAGGCACAACUGUUCCAAAGUGAAGGCAUUUCUGAACCAUAGACUGGGUCAGUACAUUACUAACGUUACCCGGGCAGCAGAAGUCUGUAGCGACUUCCUGUGUCAGUCCAAUGGACGCUGCGUCCGUCGAGACCCACAGGCACCACACUACCUGCACCUGAGCCGCGGCAGCUAUCGGAUCCUGUCCAACCGGAAUGGCACCUUCACUGUGACCGGAUGGCACUCUCAGCACGAGCUCCAGUUGCUGUCCAACAGGUUCCGCUGUCACUGUUACCAGGGGUACGAGGGAGAGCGCUGCAAUAACAUAGUGCCAGAGGAGACCGAAGAGGACAACAUGAUAAAAGAGGACGUGGAGGAGAUGAAUAAGAACGAACCGGAGGACCAAAAAGACAUGAGGGAUACUGCUGUGCCUUUACAAAAUACCUACAUCCUCACUGCUCUACUCAUCUUGUUGAACUUCAGUUGUAUUUAGAGGUGAAGUGUGUAAUUUGUGCACCACUAGCAUCAUCAGGUGGAACAAUGUGUUUCCCAAACACUCCCCCAUUUGUCAAUCAAACAGAGAGCCCCGCCUCAAAUUUACACCAUUGGUUAAGCCACUGUUAUUGUGUUGGGCUGGACGGAUUCAGGUAACACUUUAUAAUAAGGUUUCAUUAGUUAAAGGGAUAGUUCACCCAAAAAUGAGAAUUAUCCCAUGAUUUACUCACCCUCAAGCCAUCCUAGGUGUAUAUGACUAUUCUUUGAGACGAACACAAUCUAAAUUACAUUAAAUAAUAUACUCCCUCUUCCCCAGCUUUAUAAGGGGGCGUGAGAUUUUGAAGAGCAAAAAAGUGCGUCCAUCCAUCAUAAAAGUAAUCCAUACGGUUCCAGAGGGUUAAUAAAGGCCUUCUAAAGCAACAUGAUGGGUUUUUGUAAGAAAAAUAUCCAUAUUUAAAACUUUCUAAACUACAAUAACUAGCUUCCAGCAGACGGCCGUAUGCAUUGAUUUACGGCAGAAGAGUAAGAGCUAUCCCUUUAACAUUUGUUACAGUAUUUAUUAAUCUUUGUUAAUGUUAGGUAAUAAAAAUACUGUCGUUCAUUGUUUGUUCAUGUUAGUUCACAAUGCAUUAGCUAAUGUUAACAAACACAGCAUUUGAUUUUUUAAUAAUUUAUAAGUAAAUGCUGAAAUUAUCAUUCAUUUAGAUUGAUAAAUGCUGUAGAAGCAUUGUUCAUACUUAAUUCAUGUUAACUAAAUUAGUUAACUAAUGUUAACUAAUAAAAACCGUAUUGUAAAGUGUUACCAAACAUGGAAAACAUCACAAAGCCAAAGUAUACACUAGUGGUCAACCAUAUGAAUGAAACAAUAUGAAAAAAAAACAAUUUGAACAAUAGUCACUUUUGGCCAAACUGGCCAGUAAUUAAAAAAAGAAGCAGCAAAUAUCAGCCUUGGUGAUAUAACGGUUGACCAAUAGUUCACACUUUUCAAGGGAAUCAACCUACAAAUGGCUUGCUUAUAGUUGUAUUUUCUCCUAUCUCAGAUGAAAUUAUUUUAAUAUAAAAAAAGUAGACACUUCACCUUUAAGAAAAAGUGGUCAAAGCGCCGCUUGAUGGCACAUCAUGACUUAGUCAGGUUUUAAUAUUUGUGAUUUUGGAUUAUUGAAUCCAAACUGUUACAAUGGUGCUGUAUGAUAAUGUAGAUGAGAUGCAAGCCUUGUUUGCACAAACUUCAGGCUGAAUAGAUUCUAAUAACUGUUCUGGAUGAAUGCUCAAUGAUUAUGUUAAUUUGUCAAUGUUUUCUGACAGGGAAGGUUAAAUCUAUGCAGUCUGUUUUUAUAAAGCACUGACACCAAGAUCCUUCCCGUGACAUAUAUUAGCAAGCCUAUCUCAAACAACAAUGCUUGCUGCCAGAGCACUUCAAAGUCAGGGAGUGUUGGGUAUUCAAAACUUACUUAAAAUUAGGUAAGAUCCACAUAUGACAUACAUGUGUCAUGCUUUAUAAUCUAAACUGGCCAAAUAGUAUAUCUGUCAAAAUAGCUACAUAGCAAAUCGCUAAACAUAAUAUAAUUAUAGACUAUAUUACUCAUCAUUAUUUGAAGUGACUUGGGUUAGUCGAGCAAAAUAAUCCUUAGCCUAAUGGAUAUAGUCAUAAAAUAUUAUGUGCCUAAAUUUAUAAAAUUCCUAUUUUCAAAAAGAGACAAAAAAGAUAGAAUACACAAAAUCAUGUUAAAAAUGGUACUGUUCUCAUCAAAUACAGUACCAACACAUGACAAAUGUCAUUAUACCAUUAUAUGAAACAAUUAGCCUAAUCAUUUUAUCAUUCAUCAUAUUUUAAGCUUUUAUCAAUAUUGCACAAUAGAAUAAAUUAUUGUACUCAUCAGAUUGAUGAUGAGAAAACUCAGUGGACACAACCAGAAUCGAAGCUAGUUAGAUUUCAUUACAAAAAAAGUACAAAAUAUCUUCUUUUUUUUUUUUGUCCCUCAAAUUCCUGAAAUGCGUGUUAAACCAAAGAUUAUGAAGAUGUAUGCGUUUACACAUGUAAGUUUGCAUUUGUUAAAAUACAGAAUGCUGUCGUGGGUGAAAACUCAUUCCCCCGGUUUCACAGACAAAGCUUAAGCUUACUCCUAGACUAAAAUGCAUGUUUAAGCUGUUUUAACUGAGGCAACUUGCACUGACAUAUCUUAAAACAUAUCAGUGCCAUUGUUUUGUCUCAAGAUGCACACCAGAAAAGAUACUUAAAUGUCCUAAUUGAACUAAGCCCUAAUCCUGGCUUAAUCUAAGCCCUGUCUGUGAAACCAGGCCUAUAUGAUUGUAUGUUAAACUGUGUUUCUGUCUUUUUUGUUCUUGUCUAAAUGAAGCCAGAAUGAUUGAUACUGAAAACAAAGAAAGGUAUAUACCUCAAAAUCUUUCAGUACUUUGAAUACAUUUGAUUAGCAGAAUCUGCAAAUUUUUAGAAACUGUUUUAGAUGUCUACAGAUUGUAUUAGCUUACAUGUCCAGUUUCAGGUUGAAGGAUAAUUGCACCAUGUUUCAUCACUAUUGUCUGACCCUUUUUGACUCAAUAUAUAAUUUUUUUCUAAAAUACUGCAUUUUGUAGCAUGUAGACAGUAGUUUGUAUGGGACGCUAUUAUCAGAGCCUUCAAUAUUGGUCAAAGUGUCCUUUUUUUUUACCUCAGCUAAACUUUGCCAGUGUCCAAUUUCCAUAGAGCUCUUUUUUCAUCUCAAAGUCUUAUAUGCAAUGUGUAAUUACUUGAUUUUUUUUUUACAUUAAGCAAUACAAUUAACCAAAUACUCAAAGACAAAUGUUGCUUGACUCUUGAUGCACUGCAAAUAAAGGAUUGUAACCUGGU